ACCACAGAAUGAGGCUGGAGUGACAAUUUAAGAGAUAAGGCUGCCUGAAAGUCAGGUUGUACUUGGAGAAGUGCUUCAGCGUGUAGCUGUAUUAAUCUUGCAAUAUCUGACAAAAGAGAACAGAAUCCGAGCUUCAGGGAAACUACAGCAGUAGAUACUUCAAGACUUUAGUAAUUCUAGAAAGAAGCCAAAACCUGCAGAUCUGGGGAGGAACUUCUUUCAGGUUUUAGUUUUAACACAAGAUCUUGUUUGGACAGCAUGAGGGAAGAAAUCCUUUCCCCGGAUGUGCUUUUAUUUAAAGCCAGGAACGAUGCGCUGGCUGGAGGCAGUGGCCAGACCCCAGAGGAGCUGAGAGGAGAGGACAGCAGCAGAAGCUGGACGGGGAGGUGCAGCUGAGCGUGAUAAAUCUGGUUUGGGCACGAGGAAAUGCCACAAGGGUGAAAUGAGAGCAACCGCAACUGCUGUGGGGGACUCCAGCAGCUUCCUCUGUUUACAAGACCAUUAAAAGGCUAUUUUGAAAAGAUGAGAAACGGCUCUUUUUGUAUGACUAUGGUAUUCGAGAGAUCUGAACUCUGUCAGGAAAAUCGUCACUGAAGGACCCUUGGAAAACUACAGAUCCAUUUGCAGCUGUUAAGCAUAGUUUCCCCUGGCUUUCUGGAAACAAAACCCAGAAUCUGCUGUUCCCUUGCCCAGCCUGUUGUGCAAGGUUCUCACCGCAUCUGCAGACCUUUUGUGCUCCCUUUCUGGGUAGGAUCACGAUUUUAUGCCUGGCAUCUUCCAUGAUAACUCAUUCUCAGAGUGCUUGUGUGCCUGUCAAUUUUUGUUGCUUCGCAAAAGUCUGCGGUUCUAACAAUGCUGACAGCUGACAAAGUGUCCUACAGCACCUUCAGCUGAGAUAGAAGUGACAUCAGCAUUUGGAAGCUAAAGCCUCAGAAUAUUUUUUGCAUGUAUUUUUGCAGACUCCUGUAUGUAUCCUGAGCACCCUUAAAAUGACUUACAUCCUUCCAAGAAAGAGACAAUCCUUAGACAUUGAUCCUACAAUUCCUUAGGAUUCCUCUAUAGUUGAAACUAAAAAGGUCAUAACUGUAAAAUGUCAAGUAAAGCAAUUGAGAGUAAUCAAAAGAUAAAUGCUUGGAUCAACUGAAUCUCUUCCUCUCAUUUGUGAGAGGAGGGGGUGUUUUCCUUCUUGUUAUUUAUGUUACAGAAAAGUCCCAGAAGUCACAGAAAGUGUCAUUUUGGCCCAAAUUAAAGCAAGCCAGGUCAUAUAUUUUCCUAAGAAAAAAAUAGUGCAGCUCAGAAUGUUUCAGUAAAGUGCGUAUUUAUUAACUGUCUUCCCCCAGCAUAGCAGUUACUUGAGGUAUGAAAAAUUGUUGCCAUAAUUUGUUUAUAUUAAAUUUGUACGUAUCUGGCAGCUUUUAGCCAAAGGCACUUCUAAUAAAGUGUUGACUAAGCAGGAGCAUUGUUUAACUCUCUGUCCCUUGUUUCGACAGAGCUGCAAAUGUCUGAUGGUGACUAGUUCUGCAAGCAUUAAGGUGCUACCGAAGCCUUAGAGCAGGGUGAGGCCGUUCGCUACGCUUCACCCACGCUAGGCAAGAAUGUGGUUAUUGCUUUGCUGUAGUGUGAUGGGAGUGCUGGUACAGCAGGAUUAGUGAAUUUAUUCCUUUGAGGUCCAGAUCACUUUCUCAGUGCUUCUGCUGUUAACAGAUCAGGUAAUGUAUAGAACAGCUAUUGAAGUUGUUCAAGUCUGCGUAGCGCCCAGGUGAGAAGCUUUUGUAGCAUGAAUUUACUUGCACUUGCAGAAUGACCAAACAUGUACAAAUGCAUUAUCACCAUGUACAUGUAUUUACACAUCGUUCAUAGAGAGACCUGCACUAUCUUCCUUUUCUGUCUGUGUGGGAUUUGGACUCCUCUUUUCCCAGUGGCCACAUCAACUCUUUAAUAAUAAGCAUGCAGCCUCAACUGCUUUUUAAGAAUAAAGCCGUAUUUGGGGAAACCUUCAUUUGCAAAGCAUUUUUGAACUCUAAUAGCAUUGACUUUUUCAUAGUGUAUUUACAAAUAUGGCUCGACUAUAUGUGAAUACAGUGGAACCUUGUUAAGCAGACUCCAGCUCUUUCGCCUGUCACACACUGCUCUUGCUGUGAUGUUGCCAAGGCAUGCAACCCCUUCCCUGCGCUCCUCCUGUCCAUUGGGGGCCGGAUCUCCAUUGCAGGGGGAAUAUGCAGACUUCACUGCAGUUUGGCUCCUACUUCUAGGACACAACCUAGUGAAUGUCCCACUGUUCCAGUGGGGUCUGGUUUUCCCGAGCAAAGAAGGCAAGGCCAAGACACAAGUCCUCUCUUUUUUUGUCUGUAAGAUCUACCUGAAAGCUCAGUGAUGUUUGCAAAAGGUGGACAUUGCUAAAAGUUAACUGUAACCCUUGAGUGUCUGCUCUCCAUCCCCAAAAGGACAAUAUGUGAUGAAAUCCUGUGGUAUCUUAAAAUAGGAAUUAAUUAUUAGUCUAAUACCUGUGUUUUGGCAAAUUCGAAUUUGUGCGUCUCUUUAUAGUUGUGUGAUAUAUUCUACCAUGUUAGUCACUGGUGUUAAGUCUGGCUACACUGCAGUUCCGGGAUGCUGGGGUGAUGUCUGAGUUGUAGAGAGAGUCAUUUCACUUGGUACGAGGGGGAAGGAAGAGUGGGCUGAGUCAAACAAAUGGAUUUAUUUGAGUAGUUUCAUACAGAAUAGUGGCUUUUUUGCCCUUGGGAGGGCUGUCUAGGUGGUGUAGUAUGGGGAGGACUCCCCCACCCCCAAAAAGCUUCCUCUGUUAAAUAUUUAUUACUUCUCUGUGAAAUGAGGUGGUGUUGCAGGUGUGGUCUGAAGCCAUGUCAGAUGUAAUACCUUCUGUUCCAGUCUUUGCCAAAGAAUAUUUUUUGUCUUCUUUAGAAUCUAUGGUAAAGAUGGCUUUUACCAUAGUACCCGUGGGGCAGUGCAGUGUCCUUGAGUCUGUACAAGAGAGAAAGAAAGAAAACAGCAGUUUGCUGUAUCUUCCUCGCACCGAAGAGAGAAGGAUGUACAGCUAUGAACAGAACUGAACAGCUGUGAUCCAUGUACUUCAUCAUUUAAUACAUUUUUGUAUGAAAACACUUGUUAGGAACAAUGUCAUUGUAUUUAGGUAUGCGGGUGAUGUAGCAGUUACUUUAGAUCUGCUCCUAGGUGGUUCGUGCACAAAUCUCUUCUGAAAUGCUGUUUGCCUCUAGGAAUAAGUGGGACAUUUGAACUGUGUAAUUGCUUCCCAGCCAUGCUGUCAGGCAGCACCCUCUGUAGACAUGGAGACACGAGGCACACCUCUUUAUCUCUGAGCACCCAUCAACAUGAAUGCAAACAGGUGACACGUAAGCCUCUUGGCUGUGUGCUAAGGAGGUGGUGCUAGAAAAUACUCCUACUGGAAGUACUAUCUCCAGUGUGCCCUAACUAUUCCUUUAGCAGAGGUUGGGGUAAGUGGUAUACUUUACUUUCAAUUGAUGUGCUUGAGGACUGUCUGAUGAAGAGCAUGUUCAGAUUUCCUGAAUUUUACACUGUGCAUGUGUGUGUGUGUAUGCAGGUUUAUUUGCAAAUCGGUGGUUUAGCUUUUUUUUUUUCAGCUUGUGUUUUCAUUUAUUCAUCUCUUUGUGCCUUCUUCCUUUUUCCUUCUCCCCUCCAUCAGCUCUGUAGCGGCACAGGAGUUGCAUGUUUUGUGGAAUGCCAGUUCAGAAAGCAUAUUCCCUGUCCCCAUCCUGCACAGGGGAAAUCCUGCAUGCCAAGCCAAUUUCCUUAAUUUAUACAGGAGCAACACUGCCAUAGUCUUGAAUGUUUUAUCACACAAUAGGGUUGUGAUAUUUGUGUCCUGGAGGAAAAAAUACAAGCCUGCUAAUGUUGAUACCUGUUAAUGUGAAAGUAACUUGGACUAGGAAAUCCACUGAACAAGAGCAGCACUUGCUUUGCAGAGCAUCCCUUCUUGGCAAGCCACCAUCUGGACGUGUGAGUAUGUGGAGGCUCCAGAGUGGCAGCCGUACAGGCACAGCUUAAGUGAUGGCUGUGGGGGUCCUGUCAGCAAUGGAAAAGGCCACUGUAGUUUUCCCAGCACUUGUUGGUAGUCCCUGUCCAUCUGCAUGCUAGGCAAAGUUUGAAGACAGAGCUGAAGGGGAUUUAGGGAAGGGUUUACGGAAGACAAAACCCUGGGCGGCUUGAUGUGGAGCCUAAAGCUGCGUCCAUCAGUGAAUAUUUUCAGCUAAGGACUCGUAGAAGCAAGAUUUGAGAACAAUCAUGCUAAAAUGAAUUAAUUUUUUCUUUCUUUUGGUGACCUGAUGCAUCCUAAUUGUAUCAUCAGUUUUCUCUGCUUGUUCCCUUUCUGCCUUCCACUCUCCUGAUAUACGAGGUAUAGAAAUGUGGAAGGAAAGACUGGAAGGUGUGAAGCUAUAAAGCCUAAUAUUAAAAAAAGUAAAACUGUAAGGAAAAAAUUGGAUGGGUUUUCAGUAACACGGCCACGACUUUUAAAAACUCCACAGCAGUUUUUGCUAUGAAUGUACUUUGCUGUCAAUAUAUUCUUAUUUCUGUUGUGUGGAGCUGGAUGUGUCUGGGCACCAGGACUGCAGGUCUCGGAAGUAGUGGGUGGAGAUCUCUUUUUAAAUAUUUGUACAGGGAGGAGGACAAGGCAUGAAACUGCUAUGGAAAUAGCUCUUUGCAUGUCUCCAAGGAUAGGUUAACUGUGCAGGGUUUCACAAGAACCACUCCCUGGAGAUAUCUGAAUAAUAGAUUGACAUUAUGGGGUGCAGUGAAAGGUGUGUGCAUUUCAAAAGCCUAAGGAGAAAAUUUCCUUCUCAAGGAAACCCUUUAUAAGGCAUUUUUACGCCCUUCCUGUGAAGGGCUUCUACCAGCCAUAUGGAGAACUGAGGUUUAAGUUGUCCAAAGUAACGUGGUGUGUUUGUCCAAACAGACACUCUACGAAUCAGAUAUGACAACAGGAAUACCUUUAGGUUUUACUUCCCCAAGGUCUAACCUUGACCUUUCUGUUUUAACCAGAGCUUUCACCCAGCUCUGUCCAGUGGAAGGGUGCAGCUGAACCCUGACAGUUUCUUACAGCUCCAAGUAAGAGCUGUAGUGCCCUUUCUUCCUCAGUAAGGUCUUGCACAAGGACGCACGAUAAAUUAGCUUUCUUACAAUAUAAAUUAGCAGUGAUUAUGUGGCACUAUCAUUUGUAUCUGUUAUUAAAAGUACGUUCUGUAUAUCUAUAGCUAGCUAACAAAAUAGCAACAAGACAAGGCAAAUACAGGUGGGAUAGCAUAGUGAAAGACAUGAAGCUAGCUUGUCUUGUCUAAUAUACUGGCUCUAUGAUUUGCAUGUAAGCCUUUUUAAGCAACAAUUAAUUUAGGGGUAUUGAAGCUGAAAGAACAUGUACUUGAGUAGAGGGGGAGCUUACACAGCCCUUUGCCCUUGGAGAACUUCUGAAGGCGAAGAAACACCAUGUACGAGAUGGAAGUCUAAAUCAAAUCCAGUCUUUAGUAAAAACCUCCUUGUUUGCUUUUUAAAAUAUUUUUCCCUUUCUUCUAGUGCAUUUCAAUGAAAAGACUUUGUAGAGCUACAAGGUGUCACCUGAAUUCUCACUAUGUCUGAUGGGGACUAUGAUUACCUCAUAAAAUUUCUAGCACUCGGUGAUUCUGGAGUAGGAAAGACCAGUCUUCUUUACCAAUAUACGGAUGGCAAAUUUAAUUCCAAAUUUAUCACAACGGUGGGCAUUGAUUUUCGGGAAAAGAGAGUGGUGUACAGACCCAAUGGGCCAGAUGGCGUUGGUGGCAGAGGACAGAGGAUACAUCUUCAGCUCUGGGAUACUGCAGGGCAGGAAAGGUUCCGUAGCUUGACAACGGCUUUCUUCAGAGAUGCCAUGGGAUUUCUUCUGCUCUUUGAUCUGACAAAUGAGCAAAGCUUUCUGAAUGUCAGGAACUGGAUAAGUCAGCUACAAAUGCACGCAUAUUGUGAAAACCCUGACAUUGUGUUAUGUGGAAACAAGAGUGAUCUGGAAGACCAAAGAGUGGUGAAAGAAGAAGAGGCUAAGGAACUUGCAGAAAAAUAUGGAAUACCGUAUUUUGAAACCAGUGCAGCUAAUGGGAAUAAUGUAAGCAAAGCCAUUGAAACCCUGCUUGACCUCAUUAUGAAGCGCAUGGAACGGUGUGUGGAUAAAUCCUGGAUCCCAGAAGGAGUAGUGCGCUCCAACGGGCACAGCUCUACAGAACAACUAAAUGAGGAGCAAGAAAAAGGCAAAUGCGGAUGUUAACUCAGUUACAAUUUAGGUGAAUGUAUAUGCUAUGGUACAGUUGCAGCUUAACUGUUUAACUUAUGGACAGAUCACAUUGUGUAGUUAUUUAAUAAGAUAUAUUAAUUCUUGAUAUUCAUUUUUGAUUUUUUCCUCUCAAACAACUUUGACCUUUACUUGCAAGGUGUGCAGUUUCUUAGUGAUAGGACGGAGGUUUAAUUUGGUAUAGAUCUGGAUAUUCCUCUAAUUCUGUACUUUGGAGGGAAUGGAGGGAGAGGAAUUUUCAUUACCAAAUUUAGAAACAUCUCUCUGUAUGGGCAAUGAGAAAGCAUAGGCUUUUGAAUUGAAGGACUUUCAAAUGCCCUUUGAAGGCUGUUAACUACACAGACUAGGCAUUUAGAUUAUAUGUUGCGACAGCUCUUAGUUUCUACUAACAGCAAGCUUACCAACAUAGUUCUUGAACAGAAACAUUUAAUCAUUUCAUCAAUCAAUAACAAACUUAAAGAGCAAAUCCUGUGUUUUCCACAAAAACCUGUGAGUAGCUUUUCCUUGCUCUCAAACCACAAGAUUUUAGUGAUGAAAACCAAAAGCAAGCUAUUCUAUAGAGAACAAAAAACUACAGAGAAGCACGGGGGUCUAGAGCAUAUGUAGAGCACUUUGGGUAUGUCAUGAAAUUGAACAUGUAAACUACAACUGUACUAUAUAAAAUAUAUCCAACACAGCCUGUGAGACCUCCUGACAUCAUUGGAAUUUCUAGAACAUGCAUCUGCAUAUAUUUAUAUGAAAAUGGCAUAACUGUACAUCUGUUGUUAUGUUUCUUUUAUGUUACCACUCAUGUUUUAACAGGAAUGUAGGGCAACCUAGAUGUCAGCAAAAAUUUCAUCAGAGCUAGUGCUUUGCACUGAAUUUUGUUUUACCAAACACAGAUUUGGAAUGUUUCUUCACAUUUGGACUGAAUAAUGAAUGAUGAUUGUUUUCUGGUGAGAUGCAGCUAAGAUACCAAUUCUAUUUAGAUCAGUAUUUCUAUAAAUUUCUAAUGCUCAUUUUAUUCUGCCAGCCUUUGUGUCCUGUACAUCUUGGUUGUCAUAUAUUCAUUUAUGGCUUGUUCAUUUCCUUUAGGUUGUAUUUUAAAAAGAAUAUUGAGUUGCUUUUCUUUUUGUCCCCCUGCAGAUCACAUAAAUAUUUUAGUGGAUCAUGUUACUCUUUGAUCAUUUUUAUUUAUUCAUACAACCUAAGGAACAAUCAGUAUUUUUGGGGCCUUUUUUCCAGACUGAUUUAUGAGAUGUGCCUACCAAACUGUUUUCUAGCCUGGCAGAGGUUGUAUAACUGUAAAGUAUUGCCAAUUAAAGUCAUAACAUGCCAAAUUGAGUCUUGUUACAGACUUUUUCCACAGCAGUUUGUUUACAAAACUCCAAAGCUAUUACUUCUUUAGGAAUGUAUUUAUUUAUUUAAAUAUUCUAUCUACUGAAGUUUCAGGCAAACAUUGAUAUCAGUUGUGAACGUGAAUUGCAGCAUAACAAAUUUUUGAAGGACCAAAAAUGUUUCUAGAAUAGGAGCUAAUAAAAAAAUAAUGAUGUAGCCUCUGGUUAUAUUUAUAAUACAAGAAUAAGUGUUAAAACUUGGUUCUUAAAAUAUUUUACAAAGUAAUGCAUAGUUCUUUAACAAACACAACAUGUAAAUAUUAGAUUCUUAUCACAGCCUACACAGAUUUUUUUUACAAGUGCAAUAUAAUUUGACUGCUUUGGGGCUAGGACAGAAAUUAAAGCAAUUUAUAUUGAAUAGAGGGUUUUUUUCUACUAUACAAUACCAAGGUUCUAAAAUGCUUGUGGACCAGCGUUACUGUAGUUUAACUCAGAGUGCCUUUUGAAGUUACCAUCAGGUUUCUGACCAGUAGAGUAUGAAACUCUACUGUAGGACACAAUGCAUUUCAGUGUACUUCAGUGUCUCAAUUUCUUUUAAUGUAGCUCUUUGCUUUUCAGAGGGUUACGGUGGAACUCUGUCAUGCAUUAACUUGAAUGGGAGUUUUUGUGCUUGUAGCUCCAUCCAGUUGCUGAAAACAGUAAGGAUUAUUGCAACCAACUACUGAGCUAAGUGACUACUGAAAUGGUGUAAAAAUGUUUCUUUAUGAAUACUUAUGUUUAGAUUGGAUAUUAAAUGUUAAAUACUGAAACUGUCAUAUUUUUUGUCAUGCAUAUUAUAUGUAACUAUUUACUGUAUAAAGAGAGUCUACAUAAAAUUGCUUUGAUGUCAGCCUUUGAAA